AUGGGAAAUAAAAGCGGUUCAUAUGAAGAAUUAUUGGAUGAAACUAAAGAAUUACUGAUGAAACGAACUGGUAUGUCGCAAUAUGACUUGGAAUUAUGGUACAAAGCAAUAUUGGAUCGAUCAAAAAAAGGAAAAUUAUCUAAAGAACAAAUGCUUGCAAUCUAUACAGAGAUGAGUGAUCUUGAUCCAAUGCGUAUAAGUGAAAUUGUUGACUCAAUAGAAAAAAUUUUUGAUGAAGAUCAUAGUGGUUCUGUUGAUAUCAAUGAAUUUAUGCGAGGUUUUAUCUUAACAACAAAAGGUGAUUUAGAAACAAAAGUAGAAUAUACAUUCCGAGUUUAUGAUAAGAAUGGUGAUAAUAAAAUUUCUGGUGAUGAAAUUAAAAAAAUGGCAAACGCAAUUUUACGCAUGUUAGGGAGUGAUGAAAAAAAAAUUGAUGGUCCAUCACAAGCUAUUGUUCAACAAUUUCUCGGUCAAUUUACAGGUGGUGAAAAUGGAGUUAUUUAUAAGCAGGAUUUUAUUCAAACGGUUCUACAAAAUCGAGAACUUUUAGCAGUUCUUUCACCAUUUUACGCUUGUUCAAACUAUCAUCAUCAUCCUCAUUGA